UUACUUAGGAAAUAAUUAUAACUCAUUUACAACUCAUUUUCAAGAGAAGAGGCAGAAGAAGAAGAUGAAUGCGGAUCCGGUCGCUUCUUCGAACUCCCAUAGCCAGCUCGAUGAGCAGAUUUCUCAGCUCAUGCAGCGCAAGCCCCUCUACGAGCAAGAGGGUGGCGGUGUCUUCUCUGGCUUUACUCGGCUGUGCAAAGGCCUUGCUGUGGUACUUGUUGGAGUAUAUGCUCUACUCCAGAUUUUCCCUCCAGCCCUUUCCUAUCUUGCACUUAUUCCUGCAUGUUGUCUUUGUAGGACAAUCCCAUUUGUUUGGAACCUCAUAACAGCUGGUUACAUUGAGCAAUCACUUUGGGAGGUCAUUGUUAGCAUUGUUGGUCUUCUUUUCGUUGGGAAGUUGCUAGAGCCAAUAUGGGGUCCCAGGGAGUUCUUGAAGUUUAUCUUCGUGGUUAAUUUUUUAACUUCGGUUUGCAUCUUCAUCACCGCUAUAACAUUGUACUACAUAACAAGGCAGGAAAGCUUCCUUUAUACACCUCUUUCUGGCUUCCAUGGGAUCCUUUUGGGGUUCCUAGUUGGCAUUAAGCAAAUUAUACCCGAUCAGGAGUUGGGUGUAUUGAAGAUUAAAGUGAAGUGGAUUCCAUCCCUUGUUGUGUUGGUAUCAAUAGCUAUAAGCUUCUUUAGAGCAGAAUCGGCAUCUUACCUUCCAACUUUAAUAUUUGGCACCUACAUGAGUUGGAUUUACCUGCGUUAUCUCCAAAGGAAACCUGAAACAAACCUCAAGGGUGACCCAAGUGAUGAGUUUGCCUUCUCGACCUUCUUCCCUGAAUUUUUGCGGCCAAUUAUCGAUCCCAUUGCAUCUAUAUUUGAUCGGAUGCUUUGCAGCAGAUCUGAAAAUUUCAAUGAAGCCAGGGGUAAUACUUUGGGAGCUACUCCAUUGCCUGGUUCGGACCCUAUUGAGGCAUCCAGGAGGAGGGAACGGGGAGCACGGGCACUGGAAGAAAGAUUAGCGGCUGAGAAGGUCUCUGCAGUGGGGAGUGCAAAAGAUCCGUCAGAGAGAGAUGCAGCUGAGAAUGUUUGAAAUAUUGGAGGUGAUUACAUGAGCUUAAGGUGAAAAGGAUGCUAAAAGCGUGGAAAUUGAUGCUCAAGAAUUACCAAAGCAAGGAUGGAUCUUUGGUAACCAAGAUUGAAGAUUUCAAGAGUCUAAUAUCUAAGAAAACUAGGUGAAGGAAGAAAAUCAAGUUUGCGAAGUACAAAAUUCAGAAGUUGCGGAACUUGACUGUUGAUGUCAUCACAGUAAGUGUCUGAUGCCAUCAAAGGAGCCUCGAUUGCAUUGAAAAUUUUGAAAAAAUUCAAGUUUGGUUGCUAGACUAUUGGGCGCAAAGUUCGGUCCCAUAGAAGAUAAAAUUCGAUGUCAUUAAAGCCAGUUCAAUGACAUUGAGAUUUCAGGAUUUUUAAAGCUUAACUCGUUGAACAGUUCUAGACCAUUCUUUAUGACAUCGAGGAGUUGUUCGAUGGCAUCGAAGGCUAUGCUGUGUGAAAAUGCGCGCAGUUUCCAAUUCAAAUUCAACUCGAACUCAAACCUUCGAUGACAUCGAAGGAGUGUAGAGUGCGUAAAUUUGAGACAAUUUGCAAAGUCGGUCAGACAAAGCCUAUAUAUUGGAGUUCUCCAAAGCAAUUAAGCACGAAUUAGGGUAGGAGGAGUAGAGCAAGGGGUGUAGCUACUUCCAAGGAGUUCUCUCUUCUUUCCUAGUUAGUUUUUCAUAUUUUUCCUAAAGAGUUGUAGCUUAAUUAUGUCUUUGGUUGGUUAAUCUCUUAACUAGAUUUUAGAGGUGAAACUUGUAGUUUAUUUUAGUACUUUUCUUAUUUUGAUUCACGUUCAUGAUAUUCAUGUUGAAUAUUUCAUAGUUAUGGUUUGAAUUUAAAAAGUAUUUUUUAUUAUUACUUUGAUC